CACUAAUUGAUUGUAUUUGCAAACAAUUGACUCGAUAUUCAAAGUAUUGCUUAUGUGUUGUGUAUUGUUGUGAAGCAAACAUUGUUUGCAUUUAUGAGACAAACAUUUGAGACAAAGCUUUCAUUUGAAGACAAAAACAUCACUCAAGAGUUUGAUCGGCCGUCGACUCCAAUAAAAGAUACCAUUUGUUUGAAUAAAAUGGUUAAAGUGAUCGGUCGGCACUUUCUUCACGAUGAAAGAGAUCGUAAAUACUUUGCCGACAGCUAUUCAUGUCGACCGCCGACGCUCUUCAUUAUUACCAUUACUUUGAUUGAGCUUUUAUUUUUUAUAUACUACUCGACAGUGUUCGGUGGUAUCACUACUUCAGGUCCCGUUCCUAUCGAUAGUAUGUUUAUCUAUAGACCGGAUAAACGAUUGGAAAUCUGGAGAUUUUUCUUUUAUAUGGUUCUUCACGUCGGAUGGGUUCAUUUAUUAUUUAAUUUAUUGGUUCAAUUAUUGGUGGGAAUUCCUCUUGAGAUGGUUCACGGGUCGGCCAGAAUUGGAACCGUUUAUAUGGCCGGAGUGUUGGCCGGUUCAUUGGGGACAUCAGUGUUUGACUCGGAUGUGUAUUUAGUGGGAGCGUCGGGUGGUGUCUACGCUCUAUUGGCCGCACAUUUGGCUAAUGUUCUAAUAAACUAUAAUCACAUGGAAUCAGCUCUUUUAAGACUUGUUGCCGUUUUGGUUGUCGCAUCAACUGAUGUCGGUAUAGCCAUAUAUGAUCGAUACGCGCAUCCAAAUGACGGUCCCGUUUCAUAUGUGGCACAUCUGACGGGUGCACUCGCGGGCCUUACAAUUGGUUUAUUAGUAUUGAAAAAUUUUGAACAGAAACUUCACGAACAGCUCAUUUGGUGGAUAGCACUGGGAGUUUAUACCGCAUGUGUUCUCUUUGCUAUUAUUUACAAUGUUUUGAACUAAAGGUUUAUAAUUUAUAUUAACUUUUAUAAUAAUUAUAUUUAAUACCAUUUGAUUCAUUCAAAAGUCUAUAUGAAUCUCAAUAAUUGAUUCUCCUUUACAACAAUUUUUAAAAUUAUUUUACAUAAAAAACUGUACAUU